AUGAAGAACCAAACAAUGGAAAUAGAGUUCAUUCUGUUGGGAUUGACAGAUGAUCCCCAAUUGCAAAUUGUGAUUUUCCUGUUUCUGUUUCUCAACUACUUGCUGAGCCUGAUGGGGAACUUAAUCAUCAUCCUCCUUACCCUGCUAGAUCCCCGUCUCAAGACUCCAAUGUAUUUCUUCCUCUGUAAUUUCUCCUUUUUGGAAAUCAUAUUUACAACAGUGUGUAUUCCCAGAUUCUUGAUAACCAUUGUUACUAGAGACAAAACCAUUUCUUACAAUAAUUGUGCAGCUCAAUUAUUCUUUAUCCUUCUACUGGGAGUUACUGAGUUUUACCUCCUGGCUGCCAUGUCCUAUGACCGCUAUGUUGCUAUCUGCAAACCACUGCAUUACCCAAUCAUUAUGAGCAGCAAAGUAUGCUACCAACUCGUACUUAGCUCUUGGGUAACUGGAUUCCUAAUUAUCUUUCCCCCAUUAGUCAUGGGACUCAAGCUGGAUUUCUGUGCUUCCAAAAUAAUUGAUCACUUUAUGUGUGAAACUUCUCCUAUCCUGCAAAUCUCCUGCACAGAUACACAUGUCCUGGAAUUGAUGUCUUUCAUCUUAGCUGUGGUGACACUUGUGGUCACAUUGGUAUUAGUGAUUCUCUCUUACACUUGCAUCAUUAAGACCAUUCUGAAAUUCCCAUCGGCACAACAAAGGACCAAAGCUUUUUCCACCUGUACUUCCCACAUGAUCGUUGUCUCCAUGACUUAUGGUAGCUGUAUCUUUAUGUAUAUUAAACCAUCUGCAAAAGAAAGAGUGACUGUGUCCAAAGGUGUAGCUUUGCUGUAUACCUCAAUUGCUCCUUUAUUAAAUCCUUUCAUUUAUACUCUAAGGAACCAGCAGGUGAAAGAAGUCUUCUGGGAUGUAUUACAGAAGAAUUUGUGUUUCUCAAAAAAAAUGUUUUAA